ACUGUUCUUUUCUAUAUUAGUACCGAUGAAAAAAUUGCCGUAAAAAAUAUAAGUAAACAAAGCCGAAGGAUUUUUGUAUUUGAAGAUUUCUCAUGAAAGGUGUUUGGCAAGGGAAUUGAUUUGUAGCACUUGGCAUAUACCAGAAAAUGAUCUUCAAAUUCCCCUCCAACUCUCAAUGACUGCCCAACCCAAUCUUGCUGGAGAAAAAGGCGGAAACACACACAGGCACACGCACUUCGUUGCGCUAAUCACCACCAGGCCAUAUUGGCUUAUGGCAAUGGGAAUCAAUCCUUCUGCCGCCACCCUCUUUAUAUUGAUGUGGAGUUCCAUCUCUUCUCCCUCAACCCUCACAGCAAACUGUGAACGCAGGCAUUUGUAGUUUUGUGCUUUAUUGGUGCUGCAAUGGAGGAUUCACAUUCAAUGGCUCGGAUAUCAGCCGUCAUAUUUGAUUUGGACGGGACCCUUUUGAACACAGAGCAAGUCACGAAGAGCAUUCUGAAGGAGUUCUUGGCAAAAUAUGGGAAGGUGCAGGACAGUGAUAAGGAAAGGAAGAGAUUGGGUUUGACUUUUAAGGAAUCAUCUAUUGCAAUAGUGAAUGACUAUGAUCUUCCAUUGACACCCGAGCAAUUUGUCCAAGAAAUUAUACCAAUGUACCAUGGAAAGUGGCUACUGGCCAAAGCACUUCCUGGUGCCAAUCGUCUUAUGAAACAUCUUCACAAGCAUGGAGUACCAUUUGCACUUGCGUCAAAUUCUCUAGGGAAAAAUAUUGAUGGAAAAAUAUCACACCACGAUGGUUGGAAAGAACGCUUUACAGUGAUUCUUGGAAGUGAUCAGGUUAAAUCAGGGAAACCCUCUCCAGACAUAUUUCUGGAAGCUGCAAAAAGAAUGGAAGUGGAUCCAUUGCAUUGCCUCGUGAUUGAAGACUCCCCUGUUGGUGUCAAAGCAGGAAAGGCUGCUGGAAUGAAAGUUGUAGCAGUGCCAUCACUCCAAAUUGAAUCUGAUUCAUAUUCCAUUGCUGAUUCCACACUUCACUCCCUCCUAGAAUUCCAGCCAGAACAGUGGGGUCUUCCUCAAUUUGGAGACUGGGUUGACAAUACUUUGCCAAUUGAACCAAUUCAUCUAGCAGGCGUUUUUAGUAAUGGGCUUCUCCAGACAUAUGCAGAUAAUGAACUGACUGCUCUUCCUGAUCAAAUCUGGGGACUCUAUAUUGGCUGGGCCAAAUUUGAUGGACAGAAGGUCUUCAAGGCUGUAAUCAGCAUAGGUUGGAGCGUUUGUCGUUGUAAUUCUAAGAGAAAAAUUCAACCAUGUAUACUCAACGAGAGUGAUGCUGACAAAGAUGAUAGUAAGAUGCAGUUAUUGCUUGUGGGGUACCUUCAAAGGUCAUGCGGUGCGGGUAAUAUAUUAAACAACCUUGACAUUCUUGAUGAAGACAAAUUGACUGCCGUCACCGCCUUAAAUUUGCCUGCAUAUUCCCACCAGUCAUGCACAUCUUUCUUUGUGUGAGAUGCUGAAGAUGGUUUUAUGCCGUGACCAACAGCGCUAAGAAUGUAGCUGCCUCUGCCUCAGCUCUUCUGUUGGUUCAUCUGUUGUUGUGAACAAACUAUUCUCAUUUCAAAUUCAUUCUGUCAAGAAUUGCCAUUGGCUUUAUACCAAUUUGGGGAGCUUUGUUGCGUA